AAUUCCCUGCUUUUUACCUGUGUUCUGUGGCUUUUGCUAGGAGUUUCCCUUUGAGUUUCAACUCGGCUUGACGUUUUCGAUUUUCUCGUCGGGUUCUCACGUGGGCCCCUUGCUCAUUUCGCUGCUCUCCCAGCUCGAGGCCGUCUCGAAUACACACACACCCGCCCCUGAAGCGGCGAGUCCUUCGUUGGAAGAUAAAGUCCUCCAUUCCUCUCACAUUUCUCCGGCGGUUUCACGGCUCCCAGUGUUCCUUUGACUGAGCUUCGGCACGGUCACAGGGGCCAUCAUGGCGUCCGGGGCCACUGGAAGUUACAACACCAUCAAGGUGGUCGCGCGGUUUCGACCUCAGAACAAGAUCGAAGUCGCCAACGGUGGACAGCCGAUUGUCGACUUCGAGUCGGAGGAAACAUGCCGGAUCAACUCGAGAGAAGCUUCUGGAGCGUUUACAUUCGACCGAAUAUUUGACAUGAACUGUCGCCAGCAGGACGUUUUUGACUACUCUAUUCGUUCCACGGUCGACGAUAUCCUUAACGGUUACAAUGGAACUGUUUUCGCCUACGGUCAAACGGGCGCUGGCAAAUCAUACACGAUGAUGGGGUCAGAUAUUGACGAUGACGAAGGAAAAGGCAUAAUACCGCGGAUCGUAGAACAGAUGUUUACGAGUAUCAUGACGAGUCCCGGGAAUAUUGAAUAUACGGUUCGUGUGAGUUAUAUGGAAAUCUACAUGGAGCGGAUCCGAGAUCUCUUGCUGCCGCAAAAUGACAACCUUCCUGUCCACGAGGAGAAGUCUAGAGGCGUCUACGUCAAGGGACUGCUCGAGAUAUACGUGUCUAGCGUCCAGGAAGUCUACGAAGUAAUGCGAAGAGGUGAUGCGGCACGGGCGGUUGCAGCGACAAAUAUGAACCAGGAGUCUUCACGCUCACAUUCCAUUUUCGUCAUCACCAUUACGCAAAAGAAUGUGGAAACUGGCUCUGCGAAGAGCGGUCAGCUUUUUCUCGUCGAUCUUGCUGGUAGUGAGAAAGUGGGGAAGACGGGAGCGAGCGGUCAGACAUUGGAGGAAGCAAAGAAGAUCAAUAAGAGUCUGAGCGCUCUGGGAAUGGUCAUCAACGCCCUUACAGAUGGAAAGUCGACGCAUAUCCCCUACCGAGACUCAAAACUUACUCGCAUACUACAGGAGAGCUUGGGAGGAAAUUCCCGCACCACAUUGAUCAUUAACUGCUCUCCAAGCAGUUACAACGAUGCUGAGACGAUAAGCACCCUUCGCUUCGGCGUUCGUGCGAAGGCGAUUAAGAAUAAGGCAAAGAUCAAUGCAGAACUGAGCCCUGCAGAGCUGAAGCAGCUCCUGAAAAAGGCACAGAAUCAGGCUGUGACGUUUGAAAAGUACAUUGCAUCCUUGGAAUCCGAAAUCCAGCUCUGGCGGAGUGGCGAUACUGUUCCCCAAGAGAGAUGGGUGGCUUUAAGGACGGGAGAAGGGGUUGCAGGGAUAAAACUCGACGCAAAAGCGCCGCGUCCUGCGACGCCUUCGCGUCUGCAGACAGAGGCACGCUCUGAGACCCCCAGCAGUCGGCCAGACUCGAGAGUUGGCGAUCGAUCCAGCACUCCCACCAUAGUCCUAGAGAAGGAUGAACGCGAGGAAUUUUUGAAGCGUGAAAAUGACCUUCAAGAUCAGCUGGCAGAACGAGAGACGCAGAUUGCGGAUGCGGAGAAAAUGUUGGUAGAGAAGAAGGAGGAGCUUAAAAUCCUGAAGGAAUCGGCUGUUCGGACGGGAAAGGAUAAUGAAAAGCUAAAUACAGAGGUUAACGAGCUUCGCAUGCAGUUGGAGAAAGUUUCAUUUGAAAGCAAGGAGGCGGCGAUUACUAUGGACACGCUCAAGGAUGCCAACUCAGAACUGACAGCCGAGUUGGACGAGCUCAAGCAGCAGCUUCUCGACGCUAGGAUGAGUGCAAGGGAAACCAGCGCGGCAUUGGAUGAGAAGGAUCGGAAGAAGGCCGAACGCAUGGCUCAAAUGAUGGCCGGAUUCGAUCUCAAGAUGGACUUUUUCUCAGAGAACGAGAGGAAGAUACAAAAGCUGGUCGAACGAGUGGAUUCUUUGCAUGCGACCAGUUCGUCCGGCGAGGUGGUCGCCCCGGAUGAAUUUUUGGAGUUACGGUCAUCCCUCCUUGAGACCCAAGGGGUAGUGCGGCAGGCUGAGUUGGCGAUGAAUGACCGUGCUGACGUUCCCCCUGACGCCCAGCUCUUGCAGAGAAUAGUCAAACUCCAACAGGAGUUGGAAGCUGCUUUAGAACAGGGGCUUGAUGCUAACGAUGUAGUUGAGAUCAAGGAGCGGCUAGAACAGGCGUAUGCGGCGCGGAAAGAUAUCGACCACCUGGAAGUAGAUAGCUUACGAAGCGAGAUCGCCCGCAAGGAUGGAGAGCUCGAGCGCUUGAAGCAGUCGCUCGCGGAAGCUCGCUCUCAGCCCAACGGAUCCAGCAACACGACACCUACAGUCAACAGCAAAACGUUGCAUCAGCAGAUCGCAGAUUUUGACGCCAUGAAGAAAUCCCUAAUGCGUGACUUGCAGAAUCGAUGCGAGAGGGUCGUUGAGCUGGAGAUUUCUCUUGAUGAGGCCCGUGAGCAAUAUAAGCACGUUGUACAGUCUUCGAAUAAUCGUCAGCAGCAAAAGAAGAUGGCGUUCCUGGAAAGGAAUCUGGAACAGUUGACACACGUGCAGCGGCAGCUCGUUGAGCAGAACAGCAGCCUAAAAAGGGAGGUUGCCAUUGCUGAAAGGAAGUUGAUUGCUCGGAAUGAGAGGAUUGAAAGCCUGGAGACACUUCUCCAAGAAAGCCAGGAGAAACUCACGGCUGCGAAUCACCGGUUUGAAGCGCAGCUCACCGUCGUGAAGGAACGCCUGGAAGCCGCCAAGGCUGGGUCUACGCGCGGUCUGCCCUCUUCCGACGGCUUAUCCUUUAGCUUCGGAGGCUCGAGGAUAGCAAAACCCCUUCGAGGAGGAGGCGGGACAGAGCAGCCUAACGCUACCAGCCCUCCGGCAAACGAUGCAACGUCUGGCAGGGCCAAGCGCACCACCUGGUUCUUUAACCAACGAUGAUUGUCAAACUGUUUGAAGCUCUGGCUUUGUCUAUGGCCUUCCUGCUAGGAUGUUGGUUGGGUGAAAGGAUGGAUGGAUUGAUGGACAGAUGAUGAUGAUGAUGAUAAUGAGCGCUGUUGGGAUCUCUUGCUUCUGGCCUGGUCUGUUAUGAUGUUAUCCUACCUCUCCACCUUGUUCAUUCCCCCUUGGUCAUAUACUCCUUUUGUCACAAUACCUUUUAGGCGCGAACAUCAUAUAUGUUGAUGCCCCGGUUAAUGUUUUGUUUGUACAUGAUGUUCUAUACAGAAGACACCACGCCAAUUCUGCGUGCAGAAAAGAGGGUUGAUAGAAUAAACUGUUGAUGCUGUCAGGCAGAGGGAUGGAAAUGGUCUACGUAUGUACAGGAUUACUAGUUACAUAGUCUGUGUGGCAUACAUGUGCAUACAUACACAGGUAAAUGUUAUAUAUUGAUGUUGAGGGUUAAAA